AUGUUUGAUAAGUUGUUCAUUAAUGCCGUUGUCGUCCGCAUCAUCAACAGUUGCCUUAUACCACCCACAAGUAGCAGCGGAGGGCGGCUCUUUACGGCUCGUAGACAUAUCACAGGUUCCCCCCUGUGCGAAGCCUGUCCCGGCGUUUAUUGA